AUGUGUAUCAGGCAGAGAACAGAGCUUUUUCUUGUGGUGUAUUUUUGUUCCAUCCAGGAGAGAACUCUGAGAAAAGAGCUUGAAGAAGAGAUGGCAGAAGCAUCAACAGAGUCAAAUGAGGACGUGUCAGAGGAGACAGAGUACCUGGAACCUCUGGAACCAGACGACAGUGGUACCUUCCAACAAGUCACAAACCUCCUCCACAUCAUGGACAGCGAGUCAACCAAAACGGACGCCGCUGGGGCAGGUCCUGACCUGCGGAAGACGCUGGCCUCAGUGAUCAUCAGGGAGAAGGCCACCACUGAGCCGUCUGUGGUGACGGACGCUCUCAUCCGCUGCCUGCAGGUACCGGAGAUUUCCGCUCAGCGCAAAGUCAACGUUUACAGCCUCCUCCAGGAGAUCGUCCAGCAGGAGGGGGAGCUGGGGGAGCACUGCGUCCAGAGGCUGGUCACCAUCGCCUCCAAGGAGAUGAGGGAGAUGCUGCAGGUGGAGGGCUACGUGAGGGCAGAGGCGGCCAGCGACACCCUGGUGGCCCUGUCCCGAAACCUCAGCUUGGUCAUGUAUGAGCUGCAGCACCGCCUCAGACCCCUCAGCCUCGCCGAAGAAUUUGUCGUCAUCACCCUGGCGAGGCUGGCCGAUGGCAAUGUGUUUGAGUUCAUGCCAUACAUGGGCAUCACCUUGGCUACCAUAUUCACCAUGCUGAGGCUCACCAAUGAAGCCAAGAUGCGCCAGGUGAUCUGCAGUGCCAUGGAGACCUUCUGCGAGACGGUGCAGUUUUACCUGAGGCACCUGGAGGGCAGUGUGUACCCCGUGAUGACCGGGGAGCAGUUUGCUGCGAAGCUGUUCCCCAUGGACUGCUAUUUUGUGACCGUGUGGCUGAGGGACGACAACCCCGAGGUGAAGCUGGGGCUCAUCAAGUCCCUGAAGCCUAUGCUGAACCUCCUCCUGCCCAACGACGGCCUGCGGGAGCAGGUGUACGACUACAUCCCCCUGCUGCUGGCAGAGUACCAGGGCCGCCUGGAGGCGCUCUUCAUCACACAGGUCUUGAGGCAGAUCCUGAAAAUGUCAGUGACCACUAAUACCCCUGUCCCCCAAAUGCAGCUGCACACCAUCUUCACGGAACUGCACGUCCAGGUGUGCUCCAAGGCCCCCUCCCAGCAGCAGUACAGCAGCCAGAACCUGACGGAGGUCGUGCACUGCUUCACAGCCCUUGCCCGCUCCUACCCCAAGGAGCUGAUGAAGUUCUUCCUCAGCCAGAUGGAGAAGAGCGAGGAGGCCGUCCGCGUGGGGACCCUGACCCUGAUUAGGGCAGUGGUGAGCGCGCGUGAGCCCAGAAUGAAUAUCAGGACCAUCCACCUGGCCAUCCGGGUGGUCAAGGACACACUCUCCGACACCCGGCCCAAGGUGAGGAUGGCUAUUCUCCGUAUCAUUGGUCAGUUGGCCCUGUCCGGCUUCCAGGACGGGCUCAAAGGCUGGGGCCUGAAGUACGUGUCUGUGCAGCUGACCUUGUCCGCCUACGAGCUGGCACAUCGCCGGGAGAGCUUUUAUCAGAGGAACUUGGAGGAGAAGAUGGUCCACAAGGUCACCAUGGACACCGUGAGGAUCAUAACCUCUUCUGUCAGUGGGAUGACCAAGGAAUUUUGGGUGAGGCUCCUGUGCUACAUCAUGGAGACGGAUCACACCGAGGAGACCCCCAUCUGCCUCAGUCUCACUAGCCUGGCAGAACGCCAGCUCCACGCCGAGGACGGGGAAGCCAACGCGACCAGCAAGGGCAGGCACGUGGAUCUGCCUGCGCCGCAGAAACUGCUGGCCCGUCUCCUGGUGCUGAUGUCGUCCCCCUACAAGGGGGAGGGACGCGGGAUCGCCAUGCUCAACCUUCUGAGGACCCUGAGCCAGAGCAUCGCCCCCUCCAUGGCCGACACGUGGGAGCUGGAGAUCCCCCUGCUGGUCAAGUACCUGGAAGAACACACUGAGUUUACGUGGAACCAGGAGACAUGGGAGGACAAGCUGAUCCAGUUUCUGAGAAACUCCCUCAAGAAGACUUGGGGUUCCAACUGGAGCCUGCCUCUGAGCAAAGAGCUGAACAACCAGAUCGAGAGCUUCGACAGCCCCUCCCUAGAGAAGGGCUUUCUGUACCGGGCCUUGGGCUUCACCUUGGCCACCUUGGAGGCUGACAAGGUGGAGGUGCUACUGCUGGAGCUGCUGGACAAGACGGACUACAGCAACGACUUCGACCGGGAGGGUGUGAUUCUGUGCUUUGGCCUGUGUGCCCGGGGCCAGGUGAAGGCGGUGCUGAACGUGCUCCACGACUUUGAGGACAGGAUCCAGGAGUCAGAGCAGUCCUGGCAGAUCGGCGCUGGGCGGAAGGACCAUCCCUGGAGGCGGGAGACAGUGAAGGGUGCCCUCAUGGUGAUGUACAGCUGCGUGGCCUCAUACUGCCACCCGCAGAUGCUCCUCACCCACGUGGACAACCCCAUCACUGCUAAGAUCAUUCACCACUACUCCAGCAGCUGCCAGGACAUCUGCCUCAAAAUGGCCUUCAUGAAGAGUGUGGUGCAGGUCACCGACGCCGUCAAGAACAUCAAGGACCUGGAGGACUUCCAAUUUGCCCCAAAGGCGACCCUUACUGGCAUUAUCAUGGCGAUCAUCAAGGCAGAACCAACUGACAGCCUGGUUUCUCCAGGGCGGACCAUGGCCAUGGAUGCCCUCUCGUACUUGAGCAAACUGAAGCCUUUCUACUCCACAGAGGAAAACAGUGAGCUGGUGGAUAUUAGUAUACAUUCUGUCAUUUCUCUCCAGCCCCCAGGAGGGAACAAUGAGUCCAUUAAGACCCUGCUUGUGAACGCCCUGUGUGCCCUGGAGCAGCUGACGGAGGGCCUCGUGCAGAGGCAGCUGGACCCCAAGGGGCUGCAGGAGACGGUACAGCUCCUGGAAAAGUGGACCUUGUCGGAGAAAGAAUGGGAGCGGGAGAAGGCGAUCAACCUCCACCUCCAUCUCAUGCAGAUCUACGUCCAAAGCGUCGGUGUCUGCAUCCCUCUGCAGCUGGGGCAGUUUGGCGCUCUGGUCGGACUCAUCGCCCCAUGCACCUGUGACUCGCACAGAAGAACCCGCCUGGCCUCCGUGGAUGUCCUUUCCAGCCUCCUGGAUCUUCAUGCUGGAAGCUGGCAGAGCAUCCAUCUGAGCUGUGCACAGAGGUGGUUUGAGGGGCAUGACAAGGCCUCCGUCACCUGGAUAGGCACCUUCCUCCAGAUGCGGGUCAAGGAGCUGGAGGACAAGGUGGCGGAGAUCCUGGGCGCCAUCCUGGUGCACCUGCCGGUAGUGGAUCACCCGGAGGUGCGGCGCCUCCUCAUCGAGGGCAUCCUUCUGCUGGCGCACUACCACCAGGAGACCGUCCUCACGUCACUCCUGCGGCAGCCCCUGCCCAUGGAGAGCCCCCUGACGGAGGUGUGACUGACUGUGGCUGAGAACUUGCCCUUGGCCCGGACGAUGCUACACGCGCUGAUGGAUCGGCUGCAGUCGAGGUUCACGCCCAGGGCCGACGCCACCUCCAAGGCUGACAUCUGGCGCCUGGCCACAGUGGACCCUCUGAUGACCCUGUGCACCAUCCACCUUCUUACUGAGAAGAUGGACCAGGAUGACAAGCUCCUGGACCUCUUCCCGGACCUUGUCUACACCCUCCUGCUGCAGCUCAGCAGCAGCCAGGGGCCGGAGGCCAUGUCGCCCGUCCUGAAGACGUGGAGGCUCGUCCACACGGGGACCCUCCCUGAGGAGAUCAACCUGCAAAGGAUCACGAUCAAAUCCAUGCAGCUUUUGUUCCGGAAACUCAACAGCGAGCCGCUGCUUCGCACCCUGGAAGAGCAGGGCGUGUGGACACUCCUGGAGAGCAGCUCCACAUUCCUGCAGGGAGCGAGCCUGCUGGCCAGGCUGUGCGUGCAGAACGCCGAGGGCUACCGGCAGAGGCUGCCGGAGCUGGUGCUCAGGGGCAUGGCCUCGGAGGCCCUGAGCUAUCGCUUCAGCAGCACGGCGGUCUGCGUGGAAUUCAUGAGUGUCCCGAUCCUGUAGCAGGAGAAGCUGCCGGAGCCGGCGGCGCUGAUGCGGGAGAAGGGCAUGGACCGGGAGGACGAGGCCCUGCGGGUGCUUUCCCUGCGCGCCCUCGGCAACGUGGCCCUCGGCGCCCCCAAGAAGGUGAGGCAGUACCGGAAGCUUUUACUGGAGAAGUGCCUGUGCUCCCUGAGGGGGCCCGUGAGCCCCAGCGUGACCACCGAGGGCCUGGAGGCCCUGGCCAAGGCCCUGGCUGAGCUGCGGGAAGGGGACGUGGGGUCCGACUUCCGUGCCGUCUCCGAGCGGUGCAGAGCCUUCUUUGACCACGAGAGCGAGCUACUGCGUUUAAAAGCCUUCAUCCUCUUCGGGAAGCUGGCAAAGGUGGUCAGGAUUUCCAAGAAGCAUUUCUUCAAAGAGGGAGUGAAGAAAGCCUGGGUCCCCCUCAUGCUGCACUGCCAGGACCCCUGCCUCGAUGCAGCCCAGGCCUGUGCAGCUACCAUGUUUCAUUGUGUGCACUUCUGGGGCUGGAAGGCCCUGGAGAGCUCCUCGGACCAAAGUGAUGCCGUUGCCCCCAAGGACAUGACCAGGUUCCAGAUAACCCUGUGCUCUGUCUUGACUCAGAAAAAGCCUGCCGUUCUCUACAGCUUCUUGCUAGAAACAAUGACCUAUGUUAAAAGUAACUUGUCAAGGAUCAGAAUUGCUGCAUGUAACCUGGCAGGAAUCAUUAUGAAGCAGAUGUCUGCACAUUACCUGAAAAAGCUGGACUUUCCUACAUUACGGAACUCUCUCCAGGAGCUACAGCUGGACUCGGAUCCUGGGGUCCGGAGGGCAUCCCUGGAGACUCUCAAAAUCUUGGAUACCUGUAGUCAUCACUGGCUUUUGGCUUCACCCGGAGGAAUCUCCUAG